CGGACAGGAGGUGAGUCAAACAUCAGGAAGUAUGACGUCACCUCACAUCCCCGAUUCCACCAAACUUCUGAAGUGAAGCGUUUUCUACACUUAUUGGCGAUCUAAAGUUGGGUGUCAAACGGAGGUCCGUGGGAAGAGAAGAGGUCGUUAUGAAGCUGGGGGUCUGCCUGUUCCUCCUCCUGCUCGUAUCCGGCUCUGCAGACAGCAGGUGCUUCUGUCAGGUCACAGGUGACCUGGACGACUGCACCUGUGACGUGGAAACCAUCGACAGCUUCAACAACGAGCUGCUUUUCCCCAAACUUCAAACUCUUCUGGAGUCUGACUAUUUCAGGUUCUACAAGGUGAACCUGAACAAGCCGUGUCCGUUCUGGACGGUCAGCAGUCACUGCGGUCUGAAGGACUGUGCUGUGAAGCCCUGCAAGCCUAACGACGUGCCAGAAGGAAUCAGAUCGUCCUCACUCCACAAGUAUCCAGCAGAAUCAAAUGAGCAGCGGGGUGAAUGUGAGCAGGCGGGACGUCUCGGAGCUGUAGAUGUCUCUUUAAGUGAGGAGACCAGAGAGGCUCUGCUGAACUGGAGCAAACAUGAUGACGAGGCCGAGCGCUUCUGUGUGCUAGAAGACGAGGGGUCGCCUGAUUCCCAGUACGUGGACCUGCUGCUGAACCCAGAGCGCUUCACGGGCUACAAAGGACCAGAGGCGUGGAGGAUCUGGAACAGCAUCUACGAGGAGAACUGUUUCAAACCCUUUACCAUCAAGAGACCCCUGAUUUCCAACUCAUUCUAUAGCAGCCCUGGAAGUGAAGCUAAGACCUUCCACAGAUGGUUGGAAGGUCAGUGUGUGGAGAAAAGGGCUUUCUACAGGCUCAUCUCUGGCCUCCAUGCCAGCAUCAACAUACACCUGAGCGCCCGAUACCUCCUGGAUGACAGCUGGUUCCAGAAGACGUGGGGUCACAACGUGUCAGAGUUCAGAGGGCGUUUCGAUUCAGAGCUGACGGCCGGCGAGGGGCCAAAGAGGCUGCGUAACCUCUACUUCCUGUACCUGAUCGAGUUGAGAGCUCUGGCCAAAGCUCUGCCGUUCUUCCAGCAGCCGUCUUUUCAGCUGUACACCGGCAGAGCUGAGGAGGACCAGAGACACAAAGAGCUGCUGCUGCACAUCCUGCAGCUGGCCAGAUCUUUCCCACUGCACUUUGAUGAGACGUCUCUGUUUACUGGAGAUGAAAAGGAAGCAGCCAAACUGAAGGAGGACAUCAGACUGGCGUUCCUCAACAUCUCCCGGAUCAUGGACUGUGUGGGUUGCUUCAAAUGUCGACUGUGGGGGAAACUUCAGACUCAGGGAUUAGGAACAUCACUGAAGAUUUUGUUUUCAGAGCGACAGAUUGAAGCUCUGCCCUCGUCCAGCGACCAGCGACCCAGAUUUCAGCUCAGCCGACAGGAGAUAGUCUCGCUGCUCAACGCCUUCGGACGGAUUUCAACGAGCAUCAGAGAGCUGAAGACCUUCAGAUCGCUGCUGGCAGAGGAUGGAUGACGAUGAGGGGAGGAGUCAGGCUUUAUCAAUCCACUCUUUGACUGUCAACCCCCUCACAAUCAGUGCUCAAAACGUCCCGCCUAAGUCUCAGAGUUUAUUCUACAAUUCAUUUGAUGCAGACGCUUUUGUCCAAAGCGACGUACAUCAGACAGAGUUUAGUUAGAAGAAAGAUAAAGGCUGUGUUCUUUAAACAGGUUUAAAGGGAAACUUUUAAACUUUUCAACCUUCUUCUUAUCCUUAUAACUUUGGCUCUGUUCCGCCGAGAGACUUCAUUUUUGCUUUAAAAUGUUCACAAACUUUUUUUUAUGUACUUUUCUUGCUAUCUUGUUUACUUUUUAAACUGUAACUCCAACUGUUUCAUGAAGUUUUUUUUUUAGCUGUUUUCACCCUUUUAUAAUGGGUGUGUAUGUGGUGGAAUGUUCAGGGUUAGAGUGGUGACAAAGUUUUGAGAUAGUUUCAAAAUCUCCCAAACAAUUUGCAGUUUUUGCACAAUUUUCACUCCACACACCUGAAUUUACCCUCAAAAUGUAGGGACACUUGUCCUCUUCCACUGAUUCGUUUUUUUUGGUCAAACAGAGCAACGGUUUUGACACUGUGAGCUUCAAAGCAGAAGGUGGUCCAAAUGUCUCUCCUUCUGCUUGGGACUAAGUUUUUAGAUCGCUGUGGUUCCCACAUUUCUUGGAUCCCAGACGUAAAAAUCACAUCAGCCGUUUGUCCUGUCCCGCACAAAAUCAUAAUUUAGCCACCAACUCUUUAAUUUUACCUUUCAAAAUGAGCCCAAUUAUCACUUAUUUUGUGUGUCCAUCACUGUUUCUAUUUACAGAUUACCAGUUCAUUUGGUCAGACCAUUGAAGAAGCUGCAUGAUUGAUGAUCUUGUAGACUUUUAAAAGACGAUGUCGAGGAUUUACUGACAUCAGGUGGCUUAUAUUCUUGUCUAGAGCCUGUUUUACUAAUAAUCCUGUAAGUAUUUUAUGAAGUGAAACUAUAAUUAUCCUAUUUAUCAUAAGUCACAAAAGUGUGCAAAGUGUUUGUACACUAUUUUUUUAACAAGAUUUAGUGAAGGAAAUAAAUUCUUCAUCUUAAUCAUGAUUUGGCAAAUUAAAUUGUUUCAGAUAAAUUUCAUGCAUUAACUGACAUUAAAGUAGAUCUAUUACAACGA